AUGAGCAGCAGAUCCCAUAAAUCAUCACAUGGUCGGAGGUACGAUGAAAAGAAGGGAGAUCGGGUGAGGGAGAGAAUGGAGAAGGCCCUCGAAUCAGCCAGUAUAUCUAUGAAAGCUGAGUGGGAGAAGGAGAAGACCAAGAACACGAAACAUACCCAUGGUGAGUCUUAUUGACGAUAACUGAAACGUCUUUUGAAGUUAUUGACUUGACCGUGGAGGAGAAAAUGGAACGGCAACGGAGGAUCGAGGAUAUUGAGGAGGGCGGAUUCCAACCAGCAACAUUCUUCAGUGGUCAGGGAACUUCCAGAUGUACAAACAAGGUAAGGAAAAGAGGUUAACUAGUAAAGGGAUAUUUCUGUAGGGAAAAGAAGAUGAAUCCCAAAAGAAUCAUGACGGCGCCAUGUUUGGAGCAAUGUGGAAGAGCAAGGAGAUCUCCAAGAAAUUGGACAAGUCGACGAAGCCAAAGCGAAAAGAGGAAGGGAUAUCUCCAGACGUUAUCCCUCUGCCCCCGCAAUCCUCUGAUCUCAGCGAUUUCCCCUUGGCCCAACAAUGGCUGAACUUACCAGUAGAUGUGCGAGAACAAAAUUGGAUGAAACGCUUUCAUGAACAACGUCGAGAACUCUUCGAAGGACAAAUCUGA